CGUUUUAGUCAAAGUUUAUAUUGUAAUGACCGUGCAGACGCGAUCUGGAAAGAUUCAGGAAAAGGAAGAUCCUGCUGUUGAUCAGCCCACAAGUAACGAACUACCGCCCAAUAGAGCUGCUCGCCGCGCUGCCCAAAAGAAAGAGCAGAAAGAAGCGAAAGCGAAAGCGCUCAUGUCCACCAAGCGAACCACCCGGAAUGCUCGAGCAAGUAGACCAACUAGUACUGCCACUAGCAACGGUAGGCAAACUACUUUCGAAAAUCCUAAAACAACACACAAAGAGUUUGGUGGUGUUUUAGGAGCAUUAGCUAUGAUAAUCUGUUUACCUAUUCUUGUACUUAUGUUUGCUUACGGUUGUGACAGAAUCGGUGGAUACAAUCCUUUCCAACGAUUUUACUCUAAUUUUGUUAUUGGAUUUAAUAUGGAACAAAUCAUUGACUACUUGAAGAAGUGGCAUUGGGGGGCAGCUUUAUUCUAUUUAGGAAUUGUCACUCAAUUAGCUGUCUACAGUAUUGCUAUGCCAGGAGAAAAAGUGGAGGGUGUUCCUCUUCGUGAUGGCUCACGCCUAAAGUAUAAAAUAAAUGCAAUCGCUGUUCUUCAAACAUUCGCAUUCAUGGCAAUUAUGUCACUACGUGGCCAAGGAUGGUUUUUGUUCUUGUGGGUUAGAAGACAUUUUGGAGAUAUUGCUCUCUUCUCUAUCUUCUUCUCUUUCCUUGUUUCAGUUUUUGUUUAUGCACGCAGUUUCAUUGGUAAAAAAAUGUUAGCUAUAGGGGGAAACACAGGCAAUUUUAUUUACGAUUUUAUGAUUGGACGCGAACUCAAUCCACGUAUUGGUAACUUUGAUAUCAAAUUUUUCUGUGAAUUACGCCCAGGGUUGAUUAUGUGGCUAUGCUUAAAUAUCACUUUUGCUAUCUGUCAAUGGGUUGAACUGGGAAGGCUUACUUAUUCGAUGGUCUUGGUGAAUGUGUUCCAAGCUUGGUAUAUUUUUGACGCUUUACUGAAUGAGGCUAGUAUAUUGACAACAAUGGACAUUACCACCGAUGGUUUUGGUUUUAUGCUAGCGUUUGGUAACUUAUGUUGGGUUCCUAUGAUGUACAGUUUACAAGCACGCUAUCUCGCCGAUCACCCUGUCGAUUUAAGUACACCUUAUUUGGUUGCCAUUGUUGUGCUUCAACUCAUUGGUUAUUGGAUUUUCAGAUCAGCCAAUUCUCAAAAGGACACUUUCCGUAAAAAUCCCAACGAUCCAAGUGUUGCAGGUCUCCAAUCUAUUCAAACAAGAGCUGGUACACGUCUACUUACAUCUGGAUGGUGGGGUAAGGCUAGACAUAUCAAUUAUUUUGGUGAUUGGUUAAUGUCGGUUGCUUGGUGUCUACCUUGUGGUUUCAAUUCCUGGAUUCCCUAUUUCUACAGUAUUUACUUUGCAAUCUUAUUGAUUCAUCGUGAACGUCGCGAUGACGAUAAAUGCCGUAACAAGUAUGGAGAUGACUGGAACCGUUAUUGCUCUAUCGUCAAAUAUAGAAUUAUUCCUUUCAUCUAUUAAAUUAAAAUUAUUUAACAAUAUUAUGAAAUUUCCUUCUUCCUGAAAUUAUUUUGGGCAGACUUGCUAUAAGAAUAUUCAUGACUCUAAAAUGCCUUGGCUUUUAUACAUUUAAUGGAAAUACCA